UCGGAUUUUCGUCUCGUUCUCUGUGUUGUUGUUCUCGGUGACGCGACGGAGGUGUAGCCUGACGCGGUCUCUUACGUGUCGGCCUGAAUAAAAGUGGAGCUCCGAGGGCUCGAGAGUGACGGAAGGAGUCUGUAUCGAUUUCCGCAGUAGCAGAGGAGUGAAGACCUACCAGAAUCAGCAGAUUGUGUGAAAAUUCUGUCUAGAUUCCCCUCUUAUAGCUAACUCAAUGACCAUGGAGUCGGGAGCCGAUGCCCAGCAGGGUGCAGACACUGCUGUCUCUGAAACAGAGAGCCAACAGAUUACACAGGCCCAAAUCGCCACCCUUGCACAGGUAACAAUGGCUGCUGGGCAUGGAAGUGCCACAGCACCUACAGUCACGCUGGUGCAGCUGCCCAAUGGUCAGACGGUGCAGGUGCAUGGAGUGAUCCAGGCUGCUCAACCUUCAGUCAUUCAGUCACCACAGGUGCAGACUGUCCAGAUUUCCACAGUAGCAGAGAGCGAGGACUCGCAGGAGUCAGUGGACAGCGUGACAGAUUCUCAAAAACGAAGAGAGAUCCUUUCAAGACGUCCCUCAUAUAGGAAAAUCUUGAACGACCUGUCAUCAGACGCUCCAGGAGUUCCAAGAAUUGAAGAGGAGAAAUCCGAGGAGGACACUGCGCCUGCCAUCACUACAGUGACUGUGCCAACCCCAAUAUAUCAAACCAGCAGCGGCCAGUACAUCGCCAUUACACAGGGUGGAGCGAUUCAGCUUGCAAAUAACGGCACCGAUGGAGUGCAGGGACUGCAGACUCUCACUAUGACCAACGCAGCAGCAGCCCAGCCGGGAACCACCAUCCUGCAGUACGCCCAGACCAGUGACGGUCAACAGAUACUGGUGCCCAGCAAUCAAGUGGUGGUACAAGCUGCUUCUGGAGACGUUCAGGCCUAUCAAAUUCGUACAGCCCCAACCAGCACUAUUGCUCCAGGUGUGGUCAUGGCGUCCUCCCCUGCCCUGCCGAGCCAAGGAGGAGCUGAAGAGGCCACACGCAAGAGGGAGGUCCGUCUCAUGAAAAACAGAGAGGCUGCUCGUGAGUGCCGUCGGAAGAAAAAGGAAUAUGUCAAGUGUCUGGAGAACCGCGUGGCCGUUUUGGAGAACCAGAACAAAACACUCAUUGAGGAACUCAAAGCACUCAAAGACCUGUACUGUCACAAAUCAGAGUGACGCACCAGUCGUUCUCCCUUCAUUCUGGCCGAUUCACGUGUACAGAGACUAAAGGGCGAGUCAGCCAGACACGGACGCAUGUUUUUUUCUAAAUGUUUUCUUAUUUUAAAAUUGCUGCAGACUGCCUGUAUGAACAAGUGAGGGAACUGAACAAAAGCCCACCAAGCCAACACAAAACUCUUUUUGGAUUAUUAAAUCAUGUCAUUUAAAAGACAAAAAAAAAAACUGCUGAAAACACAAGUGCGUUCUCAGCAGUCUUUACUCCUGGACUCAAACCGAAACUCAGAGGAGGGGUUUGUGGGGAAAAUGUUUACCUUUUUUUCCAGUGUGCUGGUGUUUUAAGUCAUCAGCGACUUUUAAAAGGAGUUUAAAAAAUGUUUUAACUCGCAUUUCAAUAGUAUGGUAGACUGAGAUGGUGAUUGAGAGAGAUGUGUUGCAUCAUUCCCUCUUGAGAUUCAAUUGUUUUAACGUGACAGACUGUUACUUUUAUUUGGUGUAUAGUGCUGUUGUGUUAAGUUUUUACCUUUAAAUAUGAACAAAGUAUAUAAAAUGACAAUGAAUAUUGAUUUACAGAAUCUAUGCCAUUUAUAAACUGAAAUGUGUAUUGUAUACAGAAUAUAGCCCAUGUAUAACUUCAGUUUGGACAUGUUUUGCUCAUGUAGACAGACUAAAUUUGAUUAAAUUUAUUUGCUUAAAAUCCUGCCGUUGCAGUAGCAACAGUUGCACAAACAUGAUAAUGAAUGGUUUAUUCUUGACAUUUGCUUACACUUGUAUGUACAGACAUGAAUCAGAAAUACUUAGCAGGUUGAAAGACUUCACAUUUAUGUUGAACAUAUUUGGCAGAUCACUUUUGAGUUAUGCUUAUAAAUCAUAGGAGAUACAUUUGGAUUGGAUCCAAAACAUUCUAAUCUCUGGCAUUCUAAGUUGAUGCAUGUUUCAUGAAUAUUACAUUGGCUUUGCUAUUGUUAUAUGGUCAAGUUCUCAUUUCAACACUAUGAACGGUGUCUUUGUAUUUGGUAAUGGAACUAAAAGAUGUUAUCCAUCUAUUAUGGCAAAUGCAUUUUGGCAGCUAUUUCAUAUAAAAAACUUUACAAAAAAAGACAUUUAAAAACCUUUUCUUUUUUCCUGUUUGCGUUUGUCUGAACUGUUGGUACCUUAAGUUACAGUUUGCCUUUAUAAUAUUAGCUAUAUUUUGUUUACAAAAUGGUCAGUUUUAGUCCUUUUUUAAUCUGACAGUGAAAUUAAUUGUUACGGUUGUUUAAAAACAAAAGGGAUUUCACAUGUUGUUUGGAGUCUGACAUUUUGCAUAUUCUCUGCAUUGAGUUUGUCAAAUGAGAUUAAAUGAAAGUGGUAGUGAAAGAAAUGACCUUUUGUCAUCUGUUGGCGAGUAUAUCAUCUGCUGCUGCUCUUAAAUUUGGAAGCGUCUGCCUGACGUGUCCUUUACGUGCUCAAGCGUGACAAAUUAAGGAAGCAAUCUCUCCUCAGCAGACACUCGCUGUCCAGAUCUGCAGUCAAACUGCUCGCCAAAGCUGACAUGCAACCCGAUUUCCCUUACAAAACCAAUUAUUUUCUGACACGAGAUUCUGAAUUGGCUCAGAAGGACGGACUGACCUCAGCUAUCAGAGAAAAUGCAAAUGUCUGUCCGUUUCCAGCGAUAGCAUCUUUAUUUUUCUUAACAGACAUAAUUUCCUCUUGUACAUACCCUUGUAUGCAAUGAGAUUGACCUACUGCCAUGUUGGCCAAAGUGAGCUCUGAAUUAUGCGAAUAAGUUUGUUUGCCUUGAUGCAUACAAAAAGACCAAUCAAUCUAAAGCAAUGUUUGAUCCUACUCAUUUUUUGGACAAACACAUCAUGCACUUUUUUUUGUAUGAUAGCUUUCACCUUUUGGACACCAUGUACAGUACCCGGUUGGAUUUUAUAGUGUUUCAAAAGUUUAGAAGUGUAUUGUAUAUACUCUGUGACUUGGCUUACAUUUUUAGAAGCUUUGCACUGUGUUACUGUUACAAUACAAUUGUGUAUACUCGUUGUCCCCCACCUCCCUUUUGUACACAAAAUGUAAAUCUUUAAUAAAAUACUAAUACUGCGUAA